AUACAACUCAAGGUGCUUUGAAUCGGCCAUCAUAUUCCAUCAACACAAAAGCAGAAUUUGGAAUGCUCAUCUAAACACUACAGUGACAUCAAGACAAUCAAUUCUCCACACUUGUGCGGCGAAUGAAUAGGAAGGCAAUCACUUUAUACCGUUUACACUAUUACUAAACAAUCAUGUCUUUAAACGGUCCAGCUGCAUUCGCUCACCUCCUUCAAAGGCGACCAAGAGGACCUCAAUCAGAUAUCGAAAGACAAGAUGCCAAUGGAACGGGUGAUAAUCAAAUACCAGCUUCACCACAAGAAAACAGAAGAGAAGCAAGCAAUAAUUCAAGAUUCUCAAGAAUAUCUCGAGGUAUUUCAUCUUUUCGUGAUCGACAAAAUGAACGUAAUCAAAAUGCGGAACGUGCAAAUGCAGAAGUACAAAGGAUUGUAGCAGAAUUGAACAGAAGACGUAAUGCAAACGAUGGCGAUCAAGCUACGCGAAAUGGCGAUUUGGAAGCACAAUUACCAAAUGCAGGUAAUACUGGCACGAUGAACUCUACAUCAGCACCACUUUCAAUGAGAAAGAUUACAGGUAAAUCCAGACGUGAAAGAGAGGAAGGGGCAACUCUCUUUGGUCCCAAUCUAGCCAAUUAUUUCGGUAGCGGAAGUUCGACAAGUGGCGCAAUCGCUGGUGCAUUAGUAUCACAGCAAUCAAAUUCUGUCGGCGCCUCAGGAUUGACUUCGAACGCUAUCGGCUCGUCUUCAAACGUUGAUGCAAUGCAAAGAAGACCAAGACUUGGCAGUCGAGGAAGGGCUCGUGGUGCAAGUUUGAGCGGCUUGAGUCAAUAUUCGCUAAACAAUCUGGAUGCCAUUGAUUCAGUCCCUUCUCUUGCUGAUCCAGCUUUGAUGAGUCAAGUGAGCAUCUCUCAAAUGGAUGCAAGACCUAACGAAUCGGAUGGUAACGAAAUUCCCAUGACAGAAGGCAUUGAGCUGGAUACCCUUCGCAGAUGGAUAGAAAGGAGUACUGUGGGCGGCACAGUUGAAGUGGGUAAUGCGGAAGAAGUUGCACAAUUACGUGGCAAUCCUGGAAAUCCAAGCACGAUGUGCUCUACCUUACAAAGCUACGUCAACUUGAAGCGCAACACUAUUAAACUUCAUGCUUUACCUCAGGAAAAGUCACACAGUCUAUCGGCAUCCUUUGAAGAUCCACUGCACCGUUCAACUUCACCCAAUCAUCAAUCAUUGUCAACCCAUUCAAUCUCAUUUGAGUAUGAUUGUGCGGCACCAUUCGCCAGCGUUCAAGUGUUCGUUCGAGCGAGCCGCAAGCACGGCAGUUGGGUUACAUGGACAACUGCACGCGAAUCAGCAGGUUUGCCGAUCGAUCUGACCAUCGGUGCAGAAGAUGACGGUGAAUCUCGAUCCCUGGGUCAACGAGGUCCGCCACCACAUGUUUUAGGAUGGCCAGUCUUUGUUACUCGUGCCCGUAAAGGUUUCUCUGUUCCUCUUUCCGUUCAAGUUGCUCUACGAUUGGAGUUGUAUGCGCCACCAAAAUUACAGAGCGCUCAAGAUUCUACAACUUUGCCAAAGACACCUGCUCCCGUUGCAAACCCUAUUCCUGAAACACCUGCGAUCGAUGCUUCUCAUCGAUUGGAUGAACCAGAAACACCUGCAGUGACUGCUCCUUCUUUUGAUCCUUUGUCGUUGAUUCGAUCGAAUGAAACAGGUCAAUUGCCUUCAGCUUUGCCUGGCGUUGCAGCAGCAGUCACUGGCGCAAACGAUCAGCAAGAUUCGCGAAAUGGACAAACGGAAUCCAGUACAAAUGCAGUCACUGAGACAAAGGAAGAGAAGGCAGCUCGUGAACGUGCUGAACGGGAGACACUCAAGAUUGCUGUCGUCGUUGAAGCAUUGGAUGAAGAUGGGAAACCAUUACGGGAACCGAAUUUGCAAACGACAUACAUGCGAAUUGCUUCUUUGCCUAUCAGGAGUACAAGUGAAGGCAGAGUGGAAGUCAUUGAUGAUGAAGGGGCAGCAGGAGAAGCAGAUGAUGCUGGAAUCAUUCAUGAUAUUGCUUUACCACCUUCAGCACCUCUUUCACCAACGGCGAAAUCAACUACCGAUACAUCAAGAGCCUGGUCUGUUCAAGUUGAAGGUCAAGAAGCUGAAAUUGGACCUCAUCGAUUCCAAUUACAAGAAUUGUACGGAUUAUCAUCAAGACCACCACCACCGCAACAACAGCAACACGAUGAUGAAAAUCAAGAAGGAGAAGAAGGAGCGACUGGCGAAACACCUUUACCGCAAAUUGAUCUUAUGGACAAUGAAGGAAAUGCAUCUGAAUGUUUGAUUUGCUUAAGUGCGCCACCGUCAACGUUAUUGUUACCAUGUACACAUGGUCUUUGUUUGGAUUGUGCUGUUCAACUUCGCGAUACUGUGAAAGCCACACGUGAAAGUGAAAGAAGGAGAGGAAGGAGACCGAAACGCAAAUAUGCUUGUCCGGUUUGUAGGAGAGUGUAUUCGAGUAUGCUUCAUUUGAGUGCUGUUGACGAAAAGUAUUUGGCUCAAUCUGCUACUGCUUCGUAAAAACGUUCAGGUUUUUUUUUCUUUAAUUGCUCUUGUUUAUAUUAUACCCUUUUGCACCAUCACAUCUUAUGAUUUUGAUGUUUAUG